CCUUCCUUACUUACCCCUUCCACUUUUUAUUUUUUGCUUCUCUCUCUCUAGCUCUCUUACAUUUCCUUUGGCAAGCAAAAUCAUCUUCUCUGAGAUUUUUCUAUAUUUAUCUAAAGAGAUGGUGAGAGGGAAGACUCAGAUGAGGCGUAUAGAGAACGCCACAAGCAGACAAGUCACUUUCUCUAAGAGAAGAAAUGGUUUGCUCAAAAAAGCUUUUGAGCUUUCUGUUCUAUGUGAUGCUCAAGUUGGAUUGGUUAUUUUUUCUCCAAGAGGAAAGCUCUAUGAAUUUGCCAGCUCUAGCAUACCUGAGGUAAUCGAACGCUAUAAGAUGCAUACUAAAGGCAAAGUUCAACUUGAUGAAAAUCAAUGUGUGGAUAUUCAGCAUACGAAGCAAGAGACAGCAAGUUUGAUGAAGAAGUUAGAGCUCCUUGAAUCAUCUAAAAGGAAACUGUUGGGAGAAGGUUUAGGGUCGUGCAGCCUUGAAGAAGUACAACAAAUAGAGAAACAGUUGGAGCAGAGCGUCCGCACUAUCAGGGCUCGAAAGAUGCAAGUCUUUUGGGAACAAAUGGAAAGAUUGAAAGAAAGGGAGAGAGCUCUUACAGCUGAAAAUGUGAUGCUGAGGGAGCUUAAGUUUGGAGGAAAAUCAAGUGGAGAGAAGGAAAGAGAAGUAGUAAUUUGUAUAGAAGGUGGUAGUGAUAAAUCAGAUGUGGAGACUGAAUUGAUUAUCGGACCUCCUCAUGACUCCAGAACAAGGCGUUUAAUUUAAAACAUGUAUAAAUUUUUAUCAAUUAUCAAAUAGAAAGUAACUAGUAUUCUAUCUCAAGUCCUAAAUUAUUUUGGACAUGUAUCAGUGGGUUUCUUUCUUAAUUAAGGAGUUUAAUUAUUUUGAUCCUUUCUUCUCAGAUGCAAUUUGUACUUAUUGGGAUGAUGUAUGUAUGGAUUAUUACACAUUAAUGAAGCUUCUUUCUUUAUCAA